UACACCAUGAUUCAGAAUGUGGUUAGGUCAGUCAGCUGUCGCGAGACAACUGUGUAUAGGUAUUAAUGCAUUAAAUACAUCCCGGUUACUCAGACUUUAUUUGAAAUGGACAUACAGUUUUAUUUAAAAUAUAAUUAUAAAAUUUGGAUUAUACAUGGCUAAUGUGUUAUGCCCAGAACUGGCAAAACCUCGGCCAGACAUUAUUACGAUAGACAACAUAAAAUCGCUGGUUCUCAGCACAUACGAGCGACGCCGGGUACCAGAGUGACAAUCACGUGCCUAGCAAACACGUCACAUAAACUGUUUGGUGAAAACGAGCUGACGUGUCAACAGAAUGGUACCUGGUCUGCUGCAACUCCCACAUGUGAAUACGUAAGCCCAACGACAAUCGCUCCAACAACACCGUCUGGUGGCCGUAAUGGUACGGACGACGUAGAGCGGAUGACCACGUGGUAUUCCAGCAUCUUGCCGUAUCUUGCCGCGCUCAUUAUUCUCCUUGUCGUCUGCAUCUUGCUCAUCUCUUUACUGUGUUAUUCAUUCCAUCUGCUUAAGAAACAGAAGCGGAAGUCACCAUUUCCAUUUGAAAGCACAAGAUCAUCGACGCCAUCAUCAAGUUUGCAUCAGACGGAUUUAUGGGUAGAGAUGGCAAGUCCACGUCACUUCCGUUCACAUGAGCUCGCACUGCCACGUGAUAGUAUGGUGCAAGAGUUACGGUAUACACCGAUGGAGCAGGGCUGGUCCGGUUACUGACCGGAAAUGAUUCAUUCUUAAUAAGUUUAAAAGAUAUAAUAUAGGAAAAGUAGAUGUCAAGAUGACGUCAUAUAACACAAUGUGCCAUCAAUGUCGAUUUUGAAUUGUGUAUAUGACGUCAUAUAUAAUAUAAUGUGCAAGUAGUGACUAUUUUAAAAUUGUUGAUGACGUCAUAUAUGAUAUGAUGUGCAAACAGUGACGAUUUAAAAAAUUGCAGAUGACAUCAUUUAUGAUAUGAUGUGCAAGCUGUGACGAUAUGAAAAUUGUAGAUGACGUCAUAUAAGAUGUGCAAGCCGUGACAAUUUGAAAUUUGUGCAGAAAUGAAACGAAUGUUGAUGGACGAAAAAAUGGCUUUUUAUGUUAGUUUGUGUACAUGUUUAUGUAAAUAUGUCUUAUAUUAUUAUUUAAUAUAUGUAGCCUUUAAUAGCUAAUAUGCAUAUUAUGCAUAAUAUUUUAUACACCUGGUUUGAGUGUAAGGCAUUCAGGGACAAGAUGAGUGUCGUGUUUGACUAAAAGCUUAUGUUUUAGUGUCCAGCUUUAUUUGAUAUCCAAUGAAAACGCUGUAUUUUUA